UAAAUCUGUUCAAGUAGAAAUAAUAUAUACAUUUUUGUAAUAGUUGGAGUUGGCAUGCGUGAAAAUGUCUAUAGGUAGACGUACAUACCGGCAUUUUGUACUGGGAUGACCCGGCGUAUUUUGUCUUACACUGUACGCACGAGAUGUAAUUACAUUGUCUCGUGUAUACAGGACUUUGCAUUUCGGUGGUUGAAUUGAUCAGUUGUGUGCGUGUUACAAAGUCUGGGCCAUUGUAGACCGCUGUGUACGUACACAGACAUGGUUUGACUGUACGUAAUUCGCUGUAGAUAUAGGGAUAAUAACUACCCUAGGGAGAUUUAUAUACCACAUGUGGAACCUGUGUCCGUACACACAGUGGCUAGGAGGAAAGUGUUACAGCGAUGGAUUUGUGUGUUAGGACGAUAUAAACAAGAUCAGACGUAUGACACAGUAUGGCUGGAAAAGUGUAUUUCGACGUCGGCGGCACCAGGUUUACUACCACUUGGGACACGUUACAGAAGGUCCCGGGUUCGAAACUCGACAAGUUGUAUGAACUUCAUGAACAGCAGACGAAACCAUCCGGAAAAGUAGAAUACUUCUUCGAUAGAAAUCCUACAGUGUUUGGUUGCAUACUUGACUAUCACCGCACUGGGGAUUUACACCUACCGGAUAAUGUUUGCGCAAGUCAAAUCCGCCAGGAAUUGGAAUUCUGGGAUAUCUCUCCCCAUGCAGUGUCGAGUUGCUGUUGGAAGAUACUGUACAGUGACGAGGGGCUCGAAAAGACAUUGAAACUGCUGGAUAAAGAAAUCCCAGUGUUCAGCACAGGGAAGAAAUUCAUUCAGAAAACGGAGGGAAUUUCUUCUUUGAUUAGAGAUUUAAUGGAAUACCCCACAUCCUCCAUGUUGGCGAAGGCAUAUGCAGCGUUCUACUUGACAAUGGUUGUAUUCUCCGUCAUAUGUGACGCUCUUGUCAGAUCGCAAGAUUAUAAGGUAUCAUUUCAAAAUGGCAGCGUUUCCGGUUCCGCUUCAGGUGCUCACCUGAUGCCGUCUCUGUCGACCAUCCCUUGUGCCGGUCUAGUAAUAGAGGUACUGACCAACGCUGUAUUUACUGUCGAUGUAGUGGUACGAUUUGCAGUGUCCGCCCCCAGGAUUGAUUUCCUCAAGAGUUUUAUCAACAUUUUGGAUUUGUUGGCGCUGUUAGGCUUCUGGAUUCUCGUGUUUACGGCACUGUUCUCGCCAUUUUUUACCCCCGGAAGUGAAACAGACGCCCUCAUGGUUGGUAAUGUCCUGAUGACGUUGAGAUUCGUUAGGCUUUAUCGACUUGCUAAGAUCAACAGAGGACUAAUGUUGGUCCUUCUUGCCUUGGAGAGAAGCAAAAUGACAAUUUUAUUGCUUUUUGUUAUUAUGGUAAUCAAUUCGUGUAUUUUUGGAGGAAUUGUUUACUGUCUGGAGGACCUGAAGUUUACAAAUGUGUUCCGAGCUUUCUAUUGGGCGAUUAUCACCAUGACAACUGUUGGGUAUGGCGAUUUUUACCCAAGCACUACAGGUGGACGGAUAGUCGCCAGUAUAUGCGCUAUGGCGGGGUUGUUUCUGUUGGCCAUGCCAAUAGGUAUCAUUUCCAAGAACUACUCAUACUUAUAUACCAGAUUAACCCACAGGGAACAUCACAGUAAAGAAAAACGGAAAUGCCGGAAAACCAUAAAAUUUAGCACCCUAGCUAACGGCGUCACCAGUUCAAUGUCUUAAAUUAUAAGUGGAGAAAAGAAAACCUCUCCCUCUAAAACAUUCUACAAUAAGAUGCUGUGAUUAUAUCUUUUCUAUAUCGGUUCGUUAUGUUUCCUGUCAGAGGAUGGAUAGGACGGUCUUGAGGGAGAGGGUUGUAUUUUUUAUGUGUAGUGAAUACAGUGGUAUCCUUGAACGAGGAUUUGGAUUCAUAACACCUAAUAUAGACAGGAAAGUGAGAAAUAGGUGGGAAAUCGACAGUUUGUAAAAAACAAUGUAAAUCACUUAUACAAUUACCUUCCAUAUUACACACAAAGAUCAAUAAUCAUGUGUACCUUUUAAUUAUUCAAUAUAUAAUAUACUUAGCUGCAGCCUUCUUACGUCUCUGAUGAACUGCUGUGGUAAUGUCUGUAUCCUAGACAGUGCAAUGUAUAAUGGAAGAUCACACGUCAGACUCGUACAAUGAUUACUAAUUACGAAGCACUGACAAGAAGUUUUAACACGCUGUCUGCAAGGUGCUUGUCUGUCUCGGAAACAUUUUAUAACCUAUAUGCAGUGAUAAGUAUUGUAUGACAGCUGUACUAAAACGAGAGUUUAAGUAUGAAAUUCUUGACUAGGGAGAUGGAGAGGGACAUGAAAAACUACGACCUACAUGUAUAUUUUUCACCGUUCGCUUCUAUAAACCAGGAAGAAUAUUCACUCGGGCGUCUGUCUGUAAUGUUGUACAAGUCAGUUUAAAGUACAGAAAUGUCAAAAGUUCAUACCGGAAAAAAUAUUUUACGGAACGGAUGUUCGGUAUAACGCACUUAAGAUCUUAGUGUUUAUAAGGAGAAGAGUAGAGUGAAGACUAAAUCGCUGUAAGUGGCCUAGAUAGGUCCUUUCUUUUCUCUGACUUCCCAAACCCAUGAUAAGACCACCACUACCAGCCAACCAAUAUCUAAGAUUAUAUCGACUACAAGCUGUAUUAAAGGAUUGAAACCAAAUUAUCAGAUUUAAAGUUGCUAAAUUUCCACGUUUAAAUAAGAAAACAGACUAUUUAAAUCGACUUUAUUUCAUCCUAUUUUUUAACGUUUAUUACUGGCCAAACGAUAAAAGUGGUGAUUUGUGAUAUCUGUAAGAAAUUGCUGAGUGAUGUCUGGAAGUAAAAGACACGAAACGAUAAAUGACUUUCAAAAAAUCUAGAAAGUUCUUUUAAUGCAUUGUUAGGACUUGUAUGGCAUACUUAAAACUUCGUGGUCCUAACAGUACAUAUUGUCAUUGGCACUUGUUUAAAUCUUGCUCAUAAAAUCUUAUUAACCAUUUCAAGUACAUAUGGAUUAAAAGAUAAAAAAAAACCAGUCGAACUUCCUUAUCUAGAAGUCAACAGGACCAUGGGAAAACUUUUCCGAGAAUCCGAUAACAGUAAGUACGAAUAUUUGGUGUGAAGUUUUGCCGGACGGACGGAAUGCUUCGACUUAAACGGGGUAUUCGUGUUAUACAAUUUGGAGAUAACGGAUAUGACAGUAAUCAGAAUUUAAGAGAAAAUAGACGGUUUUACAGUAUAUUGAGAAAGUAUACUUAAGUAUUUUAUAGUAACGUUACUGCUCUCUGUGAUACAGUUUAAUUAAAUGUGCCCUUAAGAUAUAUAUAUAACCAUAUUAUUAUACAAGCUUAUUAUUGUUAAACUCUUUGUUCAUAUAUAGUACAUCAUCAA